AUGCCUGGUAAAGCUGCACCCAAGAAAGGCGCUAAGAAGGGCUUCAAGAAGAAGGCGAGGAAAGGAGACAAGAAACGCCGCAGGACUAGGAAGGAGAGCUAUGCUAUUUAUGUGUACAAGGUGCUGAAGCAAGUUCACCCAGAUACUGGCAUUUCUUCCAAAGCCAUGAAAAUCAUGAACAGCUUUGUCCAUGAUAUCUUCCAGCGCAUCGCCUGCGAAUCCUCUCGCUUGACCCACUACAAUAAGCACUCAACCGUCACUUCCCGAGAGAUUCAGACCGCCGUGCGCCUUCUGUUGCCCGGAGAGCUGGCUAAACACGCCGUGUCUGAGGGUACCAAGGCCGUCACCAAGUAUACUAGCUCCAAGUAG